AUGGCUAGUGACAGACUUGCUGAGCUUGCUUUGCUUGAUCCCCAAAGAGUCAAACAUCGACUUCUUCUUGAUAUUAUUCUAGCGAAUAGACAAUCUGCGGCUAGGUCAAAAGAAUGGAAGAUUAGGUAUAGUGGGGAGCUGGUGAGAGAAGUACAUACACUUCAGAACGAAGCUACCACACUCUCUGCUCAAGUCACUAUGUUGCAGGCAAUCUUGAGAGGAACAUCUGACCUGACAAAUGAAAACAAACACCUCAAAAUGCGGUUACAAGCAUUAAAGCAACAAGCUGAACUAAAGGAUGGUAAAGCCAUUUUUUACUGGGCAGCAUUGUAUAAGAUAAUAGAGAUAAUGUUGUUCGGUGAAAAACUUGCAGCUUUGAAUGAACACUGCGGGAAGAAUUGA